AUGAGCACGCCAUUGCGUUACCAAGUCAUCCGCAUUUACAAGGAACUUCUCUAUCUGGGCCGUGAAUACCCACUAGGAUACGACUACUUUCGUCCUCGCUUGCACAAAGCCUUCUCCAGCAAGGCAAACCUCACAAACGAGACUGAAAUCAAAAAGGGAAUCGAAAGUGCAGAAUAUGUAAAGAAGGAGAUUGAAGCCNUUAUCAUGUACAGUGAUAUACUGACAAUGACAGAUAUUACCUCAAACGCUAUCGAGCUCUCAGACAACGAUAUUCAACACCGCAAUGAUUGA